CACACUCACCGCAUACCUAGAAACACACACCGAGACUCACUUAGUUAAAGCCGUGAAGAUGCCGUGUGUCAGCUCUAGUCUGGGACAGAUGGUGAAGAUGCCUUGUAGCUACGACUCGGUGAUUGAAAACAUACUCAUGGUGGAGGAGAUCCUGUCCGAGUUCCAGCUGAACAAGGAAGAGCUCAAAGAGGUGAUGAAGAGGAUGCAGCGUGAGAUGGACAGAGGACUACGAUUAGAGACCCACGAGGAGGCUAGUGUCAAAAUGCUUCCCACCUAUGUCUGCUCCACCCCCGAGGGAUCCGAGGUGGGUGACUUCCUGGCUCUGGAUCUUGGGGGCACUAACUUCCGUGUGAUGCUGGUGAAGGUGGGUGAAGACGAGGAGGGGAGCUGGAAAAUCGAGACCAAAAACCAGAUGUACUCCAUUCCAGAAGAUGCCAUGACGGGGACAGCUGAAAUGCUUUUUGACUACAUAGCUGAGUGUAUGUCAGACUUUUUGGACAAACAUCAUAUCAAGCACAAGAAGCUUCCUCUGGGCUUCACUUUUUCCUUUCCUGUAAGACAUGAAGACAUUGACAAGGGGAUCCUGCUCAACUGGACCAAAGGCUUCAAAGCCUCUGGAGCAGAAGGGAACAACGUCGUGGGUUUACUCCGAGACGCUAUCAAGAGACGUGGAGAAUUUGAGAUGGAUGUGGUUGCCAUGGUGAAUGAUACUGUAGCCACAAUGAUUUCCUGUUAUUAUGAAGACCGCAGCUGUGAAGUGGGCAUGAUCGUUGGCACCGGCUGUAAUGCGUGUUACAUGGAGGAGAUGCGGACAGUGGAGCUGGUGGAGGGUGAGGAAGGCCGGAUGUGUGUGAACACAGAGUGGGGGGCGUUUGGAGACAACGGGGAGCUGGAGGAGUUCCGCUUGGAGUACGACCGAGUGGUGGACGAGUCCUCGAUUAACCCCGGACAGCAGCUGUAUGAGAAGCUGAUCAGUGGGAAGUACAUGGGAGAGCUGGUCCGACUCGUCCUGAUGAAGCUGGUGAACGAGGACCUGCUGUUUAAUGGUGAAGCAUCUGAAAAGCUAAAAGUGCGCGGAAGCUUUGAGACACAUUACGUGUCACAGGUGGAAAGUGACUCCGGGGACAGAAAACAGAUCUACAAAAUCCUGUCCUUUCUGGGUGUGCUGCCCUCAGAGCUCGACUGCGACAUUGUGCGUCUGGUGUGUGAGAGUGUCUCUACUCGCUCUGCUCACAUGUGUGGCGCUGGACUGGCAGGAGUCAUCAACCUGAUGAGGGAGCGACGUAGACAGGAGGCCCUGAAGAUCACCGUGGGCGUGGAUGGAUCGGUCUACAAGCUGCACCCGUGUUUCCGUGACAGGUUCCACAAAGUGGUGAGGGAGCUGACGCCUCACUGUGAGAUCACCUUCAUCGAGUCGGAAGAGGGCAGCGGCCGCGGGGCAGCUCUGAUCUCCGCCGUGGCCUGUAAGAUGGCGGCUUGCAUGCUGACACAGUGA